AUGGGUGCUGGGGAUCUGAAUAUUCAGACAGAAGAUGGAAACAUCGGCAUGCCAAGUAAUGUUUGCUGUGUCAUUGUGGAGUACCUUGCUGGAGGUGCACUGAAAACAUUUCUGAUAAAGAACAGGAGAAGGAAGCUGGCUUUCAAAGUUGUGGUCCAGAUAGCUCUCGACCUUGCCAGGGGAUUAAGCUAUCUUCACUCGAAGAAAAUUGUGCAUCGUGAUGUGAAGACCGAAAACAUGCUUCUUGACAAAACAAGAACUGUAAAAAUCGCGGACUUUGGUGUUGCUCGCCAUGAGGCUGCAAACCCCAGCGACAUGACAGGCGAAACAGGCACCCUUGGUUACAUGGCACCUGAGUUCGGGAUCUGCCUUUGGGAGGUGUACUGCUGCGACAUGCCGUACGCGGACCUGAGCUUCUCGGAGGUCACGUCCGCUGUUGUUCGUCAGAACCUGAGGCCGGAGAUCCCGCGGUGCUGCCCGAGCGCGUUUGCGAACGUGAUGAAGCGGUGCUGGGACGCGAACCCGGACAAGCGGCCGGAGAUGGCGGAGGUGGUGACGAUGCUGGAGGCGAUCGACACGUCCAAGGGCGGGGGCAUGAUCCCCGUGGACCAGGCGCGGGGCAUCGGGUGCCUCUCCUGCCUCAGGCCGCGCAGGGGCCCCUGA